UGCGUCCUUCUCUUUCGCAGGGAGACUCUCUUGCCCUGUCUCUGGCUCUCUCGCGACUCUCGCUGCUAUCAGUUUUUCGCUUCUUUUGUACCUCCACGAUUGCUUUGUUCUACUUGAGAACAGUGUUUGUGAUUGAAUGUAGUUGGGAGAGUUGAGAGUGUGAGAGAAAAAGAAAAAAACAAAGCAAAAAUGAGAAAUGGUAAGCGAGGAUUGUGGAGUGUGUAUGCUGUAGCACAGGUGUGUGUACAGCGGGAAGUUGUGGUCAUGAAGUCGCAGGGAGGAUUGCAAGGGGGAAAAGGUUACUUCUAGACUAAGAGUGUUUUCAAGGGAUUUUUUUUUUUUUUUUGUAUUUUUGUAUUUUUAAUUUUUAGCAUUAUUGGCGGUUUUUGAUGCAGCCUUGCAUGAUCAAGUAGCUGGCUGAAUUUUUUUUUUAGCAACUGUUGAGUUUUUAGUGGCUGUUGAGAAGCUCUACAGUGGUCUGUGCAUGCGAAGCAAAGCUUUCGUGCUGUUUCGUUGGUGUAUGUUCAUGAUUCUGAGACGAGUGGCGUGUCCCCUUCCUUUGGUGUUGAAGCUCGAGGUAGUUGAUAUAGUCGUGUCAAAUAUCCCGGGGGUUUGAGUAAUCCCGCCUUUUUCUGGUCUGUCCAUGGUUUAAUUUCGCUAAGGAUACCGUGAUGUACACUCGAUUAUGGCUCCCUUUAUUGCUACCAUGCAAGGAAGUACUCCAAGUAUUCUUUGUAGGAGAGAGAAGGUAGGAUUUAUUGCAGGGGACUUCUCGGGUUUUACGGGAUUAAGAAUCAAUUGCCACGGCAGGGACUUCAUUGCUACAAUUACAUUGCCACACUAUGUUUGCUCGACUUCAUCACGCUAUCGAGAUUCUUCCAUCCGACAUAACAGUCGUUCCUCUAAUCGCUACAAAAAUGGAGGUAGCUCUUUCUCUAAGCCAGUAUCACUAUUGCCGGAUGACAUGAAGCUCUUGCGUGACUUGCGAGAAUUUAUUUCUUCCGCUGAUCUUCCACCCUACCAAGUUCCAUCUACCCGGGAGCUAGCCAGACAUGGUAGGCAAGACCUUGCGAAUGCGGUACGCCGAAGAGGCGAGAAAGUCAUUUCUCAGCUUCUCUCGAACCCUAAUUUUUCAUCAUCCAGUAGCGGCACGGCAAAACAAUUCAAGCCAAAUUCUGUUGUUGCUGCUUCGACAGAAUCGGAGGUUUAUGAAACCUCAAAUGGGGUCAUAAAACCAAAAGUAGAUCCUAAUUCUAGGAUCGGUCGUGAGGGUGUAACAGAUGAACCUCAGACCACUAAUCUGGUCCCUCAACAAAGGCCGUCUCUCUUCACCCCUCAACACAAAGCUAUUGUUGAAAAGAGAUCGCUCAAUUUUAUUGAUGACAAUGAUCGUGCUACAGUAGAUGAUGCUACUCAAAUCACAAACCCUGGUCCAAGUUGUAUGACCUAUGAUGAGAAGAAGAGUAAGCAAGGUUUGCCAAGGACACUGGAUACAGUCAGACUUUCUGAGGUUGCGGCUGCAUGCGAGGAAGGAGAUAGUGACGAUGAAAAUGCCACUGAAUUGUAUACUUACGAAGACUCGAGCGACAACCAGGAUGAUAAACAUGUGAGGAUUGAACCGACUGGAAACUUGGGAGAGUCGAGAGGGAGUGAAGCAUGGCAAAAGCCUUUGUUGAAGUCUAAGUCUACGCUGUCCUUUAGUAACCCUGUUCGGGAAAGUACUGCCAAUCCACGAAGAAAUCUAGAAGCAGUAUUUGAUAUCAUGGCUAAGCAACGGGCAUCUGACAUGCCCUUGCAACAUAGUAGACACGAAAAGGAUUUGCUGUCAGCAGGCAGGACUGAUUCAGAAGCAGAAGUUGCUCGGCUUUUAGCGCUACUUCAUGCGAGGGAGAUGGAGAAUCUCAAGGUAUUACGUGAGCUAGAGGAGACCAAGGCAAUGCUUGCACUAGUUCGUGCUAAACAUUCUGCUGAAAUGGCACAAGCCAAACUGGUAGCUGUUGAGAAAGACCUACGCCUGCAAGUUGCUGAACAAGCUCUGCAAUCAUUAAAAUUGACGCAGGUGGAUUGGUGGGGUGAGGGAAGUCGAGUUGAGCUUGGUGGGAGUUUCAAUGGUUGGGAACACCAUAUUCAAUUGUUGCCUGACCUUUCCUCCAAGUCAUCUCCAGUAAGGCCCGGCACUCCCAGUCCCCUGCUGUGGAGAAUAGAACUUUGGCUUUACCCAGGUGUGUAUGAAAUCAAGUUCAUCGUUGAUGGCAAAUGGGUGCUUGACAACCGCCGAGAAAUCGUUCAAGGGCACAUGGGACAAAACAAUCUUCUGCACGUGGAAUCCUGAUUUACCUCUAUUAGGGCUCUAAGUUAAUCAAGAUUCUUGCGUACAUUGUAAAGCAAUCUAGUACCCGUAGUGGGUACGCCUUGCCGUGCGUCGAGGUGAUCAAGUUGCGGAUGUUUGAAUUUGAUACAUGAGAAAUAGCCAGGUUAAUAGAUACUCUUGGAAUCAACUGAUGUAAACGGCCAAUACCAUCGGUUCGUAACUGUCUCGAAUCCUUAAUUAGGGUCGAUCUUCUUCUUAUUUUUUAUUUUUAUUUUUUGCUUACUGAGACACUGGAGGUUCCAUGUUCUACAAUGGCUCUUGCUACAUGAAAAUAUUCUGUGUAAUUAUAUAUGUGAAUAAUUGCAUAUUUAGUCACACACUGCAAAAUUACCGCUAGAAUGCGACAUGUUAACUCAAAUUCUAUUGUACUGAAAUAAACUUGGAUAAAACUUGUGAAGAGAUUAAUUUUAUUUGAA